GUCAAUGUCAGUCAGUCAUGGUGUUUUAUUGAUUUCGUGGUGAUUUUUGUUGUGAUUUACUAUAUUAACUGUUUUGCCUUUCCAAUUCCAUUUUAGUUCCUCAGUUCUAAACCGAGUGUCAAGUGUUUUACAAGUAUUUUUAAUGGCUGGAGUUAUGAUGGAAGUUGCGUCUGCAGAGGAGAGCAAGCAGAGGCGUGUCGAGGACAUCCUGAACGGUUUCCAAGUGAAUUGGAUGAACUUGCGUGAUGGAGAUACAGGGAAAAUCCUGUGGCAGUACAAUGAGGACUUGUCCAACCCUCAGGUGGAACAUGAAGCAAGAGUCCCCAAGCGGAUCUUGAAGUGCCGGGUGGUAUCAAGGGAGAUGAACUUCAGCUCCACCGAGACAAUGGAAAAGUUCCGUUUGGAACAGAAAAUCCUGUUCAAGGGACGUUGCCUUGAGGAGUGGUUCUUCGAGUUCGGCUUUGUCAUCGCUAACUCUUGCAACACCUGGCAGUCGGUGAUUGAGUCUGCACCUGAGUCACAGAUGAUGCCUGCCAACAUCCUCAAUGGCAAUGUCGUCAUCGAAACCAAGUUCUUUGACGGUGACCUGCUGAUCACCACCUCUCGUGUCAGGCUCUUCUACAUCUAAGCAGACGAUGGUCCACAAUACACUCAAUGCAUUUCCUAGUCAUUUAUUUUAUUAGAUUUUCGAACGUGGACAAGUCAAUGUAUCGGUGUUGUGAUAAAUUGAUUUAAAUGUUAACAAACUAAACUAAAACGUAUUUGGCCUAAUUAGUAAAAGUACUAAAGUA